CAUCAAUCGAUAAGACCUACGACACACCCAUGGCCUCUCCACAAUAACCUCCCCACCUCCCUCUACGACAAGACAUGCCUCCUCACCCUCAAAUGUCUCCUCCUCACUCCCCGACCGUCUCCCAAAAUGCCCCCCUCCCCCAGCAAGCGCAUCAUCCUCGAAAAGUCCCGCACCGUGCGCCGCCGGUACCAGCGCAGCAACAAACGCUUCCAAUUCACAGCAUCACAGAUCGCGCGCAUCGAGCGCGAACAAGAGCGCGAGAAACGCGCCCAGCAGCUGCGUGACAAGGAGAAGAAACGAGUCGCGAACAAGAAGAAGAAAGCGGAGAAAGAGGCGCGCGAUAGAGAGGAACGAAGGAGAUUGGGGCGCAUGGGUUUGCCGGAUCCGAAUGCGCCCGUGCCGCCGUCGAGUCAACCUUUGUUGUUUAAAUUUAUUAAGAGGAAGGAUGGGGAGGAGGGGGAGAGUAGCAAUGGUGGUGGUGAUACAGAGCUAGAUGAGAGUGGGGAUACGGAGGUGGAUGAGGAUCUUUUGGAGGAUUUGGAGGCCGUUGUUGAUGCUGCUGCAGCUGAAGCUGAUGGGUUGGGUUUGGAUUCGGGUUUGGAUACAGGGGAUGAAGGGGAGGGGGAGGAUGGGGAUCAUGGGGAUGAGACUACGGUUUGCGAGCAGGGUGACAAUGAGGGUGAACAGCAGGUUCGGGCUAAAGAGGAGGAUGAGUUCUCUGAUUGCUCUAUCUUUUAUGAUGAGGAUAUCAUCAAAGAGGCGGGGAGUACUACUGCGCCAGAUCAAGCUGCGUUGCAUGAUAAGCCGGAGGCUCAGCCGGAGAACCAAACCUACCCCUCAACUGCCGACUCGUUCCAAGACGACACGGCACUCCUUCUCGAAGAAUUCGGCCAUGAAUUCGAAAUAGACGAGGAAUUCGAGCAAGCACUGGUUGCGCUGGAUGCCGUGUGAUCCGAACGAAUACUUUAUAGUAUAAGGCAGAUAAACAAAGCGCUUCCGACCCGAAGGCGAUCCGCCUGUCGGAUAGCGACGCCCCUCGUCGGCUCGGGCGGUGAUAAGCGGGCGGCUUGCCUCCCCGCCACGAAGCCGUGGAUCCGACGGAUUCAACACGGUGAGAGAAAGGGUGAAUAUGGGUAAGCUGUAUUGGCAUGCAGCGGAUGCA